AUGGCGAGGGACAAUAUCUAUGAGAACAUGCAGGUGACGGAAGCUGCUCCCCAGCCCAAAGAUCUCCGGGGACAGAGCAAGCUGCAAGUGGUUGAAGAAGCGGUGCAGAAGCUCCAAGUCUCUCUGCAGCCUGACAACGCCUCGGACGCCUCAGCAAAGGGAUCAGACAGUCUGCAGCUAUUGGAUGAAGCGCAGGCAGGAGUCCGGAUGCUGAAAGACCAGCUGGGUAAUGUCAGUGCAGCGUAUGGAGAAAUCCAGAUCCGUUUGGACCAUGUCAGUGCAGCGUAUGGAGAAAUCCAGAUCCGUCUGGACAACGUCAGUGCAGCGCGAGGAGCAGCGCAAGGUCGCUACCGUGACGUGCUGACAAAGCUCUCCAGGGGCUGGAGGUUUUACGGUGGGAACCUCUAUUACUUUUCACAAGAAAGGAAGUCGUGGGAUGCGUCCGAGCGGUUCUGUGUGUCUCAGGACUCGCACCUGACCUCUGUCUCCUCCCAGGCGGAACAGGAGUUUCUCUCCAAGGAGACCAAGGGAGAAGAUCACUGGAUUGGACUCACUGACCUGGGGACAGAAGGCAGCUGGCGCUGGGUGGAUGGCACAGAAUACAGAGCAGACACAAGCAGGGGGUUCUGGGCGCGGAAUCAGCCAGACAACUGGGAUCAGGGGAUAGGAGGCAGAGAAGACUGUGUUCAUAUCCAUCCACUCAACCGGAAUUUGUGGAAUGAUGUCAACUGUACUGUGCCUUCCAGGUGGAUUUGUAAGCAGGCCCAUGGACAGGCUGGGCUGUGA